AUGAAGGGCGGCCCAGUCGCCAUAAAACUACGACGUGAUGUGAGCCCAAAACAACAAUAUGGGACACGCCCCAUCCCACUCAACCUCCAGGAGGCGGUCAACCGGGAGAUCGACGAGCAGGUGGCCGCGGGCAUCAUAGAAUUCGCUGACGACACCAACGACCCAUCGGAAUGGAUUAACCCAAUGGUGGCCACUCGUAAGAAAGACCCAUCAAAGGCACGCAUCACGGUGGACCUACGAGAACUAAACAAAGCGACAAUACGUCCGAUCUACCCAUCCCAAUCCCCCAUUCACACAGUCUGCCACCUACCAAAGACGGCAGCGUACUUCACAGUCCUGGACGGCCUCAAAGGGUUCCAUCAAAUCGACCUAGAGGAAGGAAGUCGCAAACUCACAACGUUCAUCACUCCCAGAGGGCGCAUGAGGUACUGCCGAAUGCCCAUGGGGUGGCAUGGGUCCAGUGAUGUCUUUAACGAAAGGAUGGCCAAAGCGCUAGAGGGCAUCCCCCACAUUGCCCGAAUCGUAGAGGACAUACUGAUUUAUUCAACGACAUGGGAGGAACACAUUCAGGAUGUAAAGCGAGUACUACAAGCCUGCGACGCCCACGACAUUUCAAUUAACCCAAGUAAAGUACAAUUUGGUAUGAAAAGGGUCAAAUUUGGGGGUUUCAUCGUCAAACAGGGCCAAUACCAAAUCGACCCGGAAUUAACCGAGGACCUGAGACAGUUCCCAGUCCCAGAGAACCGAACAGAUCUUCGAUCCUUUAUGGGUCUUGCCCAGCAACUAGGAGGGUUCUCGACCGACCUCACUACGAUCCUAGAACCGUUACGGAGCCUCCUCUCAUACAAGGCCGACUGGGCAUGGCAACCUUACCACCAACAAGCCUUCGAGGAAGCACGAAUCGUCCUGUCGAACCCACCACACCUAACGUACUUCGAUCCACGACGACAAACCCAGCUCCUUACAGACGCGUCUCGCCUACAUGGGCUUGGGUUCCUCCUACGCCAAAAAUGCGACGAGGGCACGUGGAGAACGGUCCAGUGCGGAAGCAGAACGCUUGCGAAGCACGAAUCCAACUGGAGCGGCAUGGCCGAACUAGAGGCGCUCGCGGUGGCAUGGGCGGCAAAGAAAUGCGCGUUUUUCCUAGAUGGCCUGGAUCACUUCGAGAUCAUCACCGACUCCAACCCAUUGGUCUCCAUUUUGAACAACAGGCGCUUGGACCAAAUCCAAAACGACCGGCUCCUCAAACUGAAGACCACCUUGCUUCGCUACAACUUCACCGCACGAUGGCAAGCUGGGAAACGCCACAAGAUCGCAGACGCCCUCUCACGCAAACCAAGAAACGAGCCUAGAACAGCAGACCAAGUUCUCACGCAAGAGGAAGACGCAGAUAGAGAAUUUAUUAUUGCCACAGCCAUAUCCCAAUUGGACUCGGCCAUACCAAAUCCAUCACUAGACGCUCAACAGGAGCACAUUCAAACCAUUCGACGGGUGGGCCAACAGGACCCCACCUACAAAGCACUGCUGCGGCGCAUACACCACGGCUGGCCCGACAGCAAACAGCAACUCCUUUGCGAGGACGAGUUGCUAGCACCAUACUACAAGGAGCGAGAAUCUCUGUACGCGCAAGAUGACAUCAUCCUCCACGGACCACGCCUACUCGUCCCAGGCCCCAUGCGGCGUCAAAUUUUGCACCACCUACAUGCGGCACACCAGGGCAUCUCCAAAACUCUGGAACGAGCAAGGAUGACAGUAUGGUGGCCAACAAUUGCAACCGAUGUCACAGACGUGAUCCGCCACUGUCGACCCUGCCAAGAACAUCUCCCAUCGCAACCACACGAGCCCAUGCAACGCGGCCCAGACGCAGAGCGCCCUUUCCAAAAACUCCACGCCGACCUAUUCGAAGUAGCCGAUACCCAUUACUUGGUUUUGACUGAUGAAUUCUCCGGAUGGCCCGACAUCACAACAGAUCUUACAAUACCCAUAUCUUUACAGGAGUCAAAACCCGCACAGAGUGAUAAGAAUAAAACUCCAGAGCAACUAAAUAAUGAAGUAGUUGCUCAAGGUGACAUCGUAAGAAAUUUAAAGACUCAAAAGGCUGCCAAGUCUGAAGUCGAUGCAGCUGUUAAAUUACUUUUGCAAUUAAAGGGCGACUAUAAAUCAGUGACAGGCACUGAAUGGAAACCUGGUACUGCGCCCUCUGGUCCACAAAAGACAAUUAACGUAAAUGAGUUGAGUUUACAGAUAUCUGCGCAGGGUGAUAAGGUGAGAAAAUUGAAAUCUGAAAAGGCUACAAAAGAUAUUGUAGACCCCGAAGUGAAACUUUUACUUACGCUUAAAGAUACAUACAAGAAGGCAACUGGUUCUGAUUGGAAACCUGAAGCAGUGGUACCAGCGCAUACUGACGCACCUCCCUCCCCUGAAAUAGUGCACAAUUCAACUGACCAAAAUACACUUCUAGAGAAAAUUUCAGCACAAGGUGAUAAAGUGCGAGAUUUGAAGUCCAAAAAGGUGGAAAAGUCAGUGGUAGAGGCCGAGGUGAAGGUGUUACUAGCCCUUAAAGCCGAUUACAAAAGUUUGACCGGUUCUGAUUGGAAACCCGGUGCGGUUGCUCAAACUAAGGCUCCAGUGCCUAAAUGUGACAAGGCUCAUGAAACUGAACUUUUGAAUCAGAUAACUGAACAAGGCAAUAAAGUUCGGCAGCUUAAAUCAGAGAAAGCCGAUAAGACAGUUGUAGACACUGCAGUAAAAUCGUUACUAUCGUUAAAAGAACAGUUUAAAACCCUAACCGGAAACGUUUGGAAACCAGAAAUGGCCACGCCCAUUGUUGUAAGUCCGUCCGUGAACGGUAAUGAAAGCGAUCUUACAUCCAAAAUCAAUCAACAAGGUGAAGUGGUGCGAAAAGCAAAAUCUGGAGGAGCGGCAAAGGCGGAGAUCGACACCGAAGUCAAGAAACUGUUAGAUUUAAAAGCGGAGUAUAAGGCAUUGACAGGAACUGAUUUCCCAACGGGCGGCAGAACUCAAAAGACUACUAAACCAAAGGAGGAAAAAGUGACGAAAGCCAAAUCGGAAAAGAAAGAGAAAGAGAAGAAGCCUACCGAUGUGGAAGAUGGUGCUGGCACUAAAAAACAGACACGCUUGGGGUUGGAAGCGAAAAAGGAGGAAAAUCUCUCCGAUUGGUAUUCUCAAGUUAUAACCAAAGGGGAGUUGAUCGAAUAUUACGAUGUAUCAGGUUGCUACAUCCUAAGACCGUGGUCCUACUCCAUUUGGGAAGCAAUUAAAGACUGGUUUGAUGCAGAAAUAAAGAAGUUAGGUGUUCAGAAUUGUUAUUUCCCGAUAUUUGUGUCCCGCGCUGCUUUAGAAAAAGAAAAAACCCAUAUUGCAGAUUUUUCGCCUGAGGUCGCUUGGGUGACCAAAUCUGGUGACUCCGAGUUGGCGGAACCGGUUGCAGUUCGUCCAACUUCGGAAACUGUGAUGUAUCCGGCGUACGCCAAAUGGGUACAGUCGUAUAGGGAUUUGCCAAUAAAACUCAAUCAGUGGAACAAUGUCGUUCGAUGGGAAUUUAAACAUCCGCAACCGUUUUUACGGACUAGGGAAUUUUUGUGGCAAGAAGGACAUAAUGCUUAUGCCAAUAAGGAAGAUUGCCAAGCCGAUGUUAAAACUAUUGUAGAUUUGUAUGCCAAAAUUUAUACCGACCUUCUUGCAAUACCAGUGAUCAAAGGACGUAAAACCGAAAAAGAAAAGUUUGCCGGUGGCGACUACACCUUGACAAUAGAAGGAUAUGUCGCGGCUAGCGGUCGAGGUGUACAAGCCGCAACGUCACAUUAUCUCGGUCAGAACUUCUCGAAAAUGUUUGAAAUAGUAUUUGACCAUCCGGAAACACAAGAAAAGACAUUCGCUUACCAAAACUCGUGGGGUGUCAGUACACGGUCGCUUGGUGUCAUGGUGAUGGUUCAUGGUGAUAAUCAGGGAUUGGUCAUUCCUCCGCGAGUUGCAUUAGUUCAAGUGGUAAUUGUUCCGUGCGGUUUAAGCGACGUUGAUCGACAGCUUUUACAAGACAGCUGUGAUGAACUAGAAAAAGAACUACUCGGGGCCGGGCUACGUGUUAAAGGUGAUUAUCGAGAUAACUAUUCACCCGGAUGGAAAUUCAAUCAUUGGGAGUUGAAAGGAGUUCCUAUUAGAGUUGAGUUAGGACCGAAAGACAUUAAAAACAAACAGAUAGUUGCCGUGCGGAGAGAUAACGGACAGAAAGUUACAAUGAAACGUGAAUCCGCCGCCAAGGAUCUUGCUACGCUCCUGGAGAACAUUCAGCAGAAUUUGUUUAAUAAGGCAUCGGAGGAGUUUACAAGUCAUACAAUUCAGGUGACGGAAUGGUCACAAUUUACUCCUAAUUUGGAUAAGAAGAAUGUAAUUCUGUCUCCAUUCUGUGGCGAAAUGGAAUGCGAAGACGCAAUUAAAACAGACAGUACGAGAGAUGCGUCAGAGGUAGCCGAAGUUGGGGCACCUUCAAUGGGAGCCAAAUCACUUUGUAUUCCUUUAGAACAAUUACCGAUGAAACCGAAUGCGCGGUGUAUCCAUCCUAAAUGUACUAGAAAGCCGAAAUUUUACACCUUAUUUGGACGCAGUUAUUAAUUAUUUUGUGCUGUAAGUGCUGCACUAAGUAACUUAUUAUGUUGUGUUCUAUAAAAUUUUUACAAAUAAAAGUAAUUGAAGAUUUU